AUUUGUAAGCCGAUCCGCCGCCCAAAGCCAUCAGCAAUCCUUAGCAUAGGGGCACACACUCAUGCAUUCCUGUCAAGUCAUCUUGUGAAAGGCUGCCUGCUUCCAGCUUGGCUUGGAUGUGCAACCUUAAUAAAACUCACUGAGGUCUGGGAGAAAAUAGCAGAUCUGCGGCAGAUAGGGUAGAGGAAAGGGGCUAGCAUAUGUACUCGCAGCUGACUCGGGCAGGCUCCACGCUGAACGGUUACACAGAGAGGAAACAAUAAAUCUCAGCUACUAUGCAAUAAAUAUCUCAAGUUUUAACGAAGGAAACUAUCAUUACAGUAAAAAAAAAUUUUUUUUAAAGUAACAUUUUAGAACAAAGCUAACAAAUGGCUAGUUUUCUGUGGAUCUUCAAACGCUUUCUUUAAAGGGGGAAAGAGUCAAACAAGCAGUUUUUACCUGAAAUAAAGAACUAGUUUAAAGGUCAGAAGAGAGGAGCAAGCUUUGCAGGAGGCACGGAAGGCGAGCGCUGGCAGUACAAUGACAGUUUUCCUUUCCUUAGCAUUCUUUGCUGCCGUUCUGACUCACAUAGGGUGCAGCAACCAGCGCCGAAGUCCAGAAAACGGAGCGAGAAGAUAUAACCGGAUUCAACAUGGGCAGUGUGCCUACACUUUCAUUCUUCCAGAACACGACGGCAACUGCCGUGAGAAUGCAGCGACAGAGCAGUACAACACGAAUGCUCUGCAGAGGGAUGCGCCACACGUGGAGCCGGAUUUCUCUUCCCAGAAACUUCAGCAUCUGGAGCAUGUGAUGGAAAAUUAUACUCAGUGGCUGCAAAAACUUGAGAAUUACAUUGUGGAAAAUAUGAAGUCGGAGAUGGCCCAGAUACAACAGAAUGCGGUUCAAAACCACACGGCCACCAUGCUUGAGAUAGGAACCAGUCUCUUAUCUCAGACUGCAGAGCAGACCCGAAAGCUGACAGAUGUUGAGACCCAGGUACUAAAUCAAACAUCUCGACUUGAAAUACAACUACUGGAGAAUUCCUUAUCAACAUACAAGCUAGAGAAGCAACUUCUUCAGCAGACGAAUGAAAUUCUGAAGAUCCAUGAAAAAAACAGUUUGUUGGAGCAUAAAAUCUUAGAGAUGGAGGGAAAACACAAAGAAGAGUUGGACACCCUGAAGGAGGAGAAAGAAAACCUUCAAGGCUUGGUUACUCGGCAAACCUUCAUUAUCCAGGAAUUAGAGAAGCAGCUAACCAGAGCCACCAGCAACAACAGCGUCCUUCAGAAGCAACAACUGGAACUCAUGGACACCGUACACAACCUUGUCAGCCUUUGCACUAAAGAUGGUGUUUUGCUAAAGGGAGGGAAAAGAGAAGAAGAGAAGCCAUUUCGAGACUGUGCAGAUGUGUAUCAAGCUGGUUUUAAUAAGAGUGGAAUCUACACUAUUUAUUUUAAUAAUAUGCCAGAACCCAAAAAGGUAUUUUGCAAUAUGGAUGUGAAUGGGGGAGGUUGGACUGUAAUACAACACCGUGAAGAUGGAAGUCUGGAUUUCCAAAGGGGCUGGAAAGAAUAUAAAAUGGGUUUUGGAAAUCCCUCUGGUGAAUACUGGCUGGGGAAUGAGUUUAUUUUUGCCAUAACUAGUCAGAGGCAGUACAUGCUGAGAAUCGAGCUGCUGGACUGGGAAGGGAACAGAGCCUACUCACAGUACGACAGGUUCCACAUCGGAAACGAAAAGCAGAACUACAGGUUAUAUUUAAAGGGUCACACGGGGACAGCAGGCAAACAGAGCAGCCUGAUCUUACACGGUGCUGAUUUCAGCACAAAGGAUGCGGAUAAUGACAACUGUAUGUGCAAAUGCGCCCUCAUGCUAACAGGAGGUUGGUGGUUUGAUGCAUGUGGCCCCUCCAAUCUAAAUGGAAUGUUCUACACUGCGGGGCAGAAUCAUGGAAAACUCAAUGGGAUAAAGUGGCACUACUUCAAAGGGCCCAGUUACUCCCUGCGUUCUACAACCAUGAUGAUCCGGCCCUCGGACUUUUGAAAGCACUGUGCCAGUAUGAGAAAACUGCAAAGACAUCUGGGGAUGCUCCCAGGGGGGAAAGCUUUCUGGAAGCUUCAGAAAGAAACAGCAUUGAUUCCCUUCCAGCAGCAAGUGGUUAUGUGACGUCACCAGGGUUCUUGACUAUGGAUUUGGAGCCUAUUGACUUCAAGAGAGUCUGCGCUUGGUUCACCGUGUUUAUGCGGAGAGAACGCCACCCGUUGCCAUGCUUUGAAAAGGGAGAAACUGCUCAGCUCGCAGCUCUUUGAAGUGCUACUGGAUCAGAUUUUUGAACCUCUAACUCACAGGGGAUA